ACAAACAGAAGCUGUAGUCACUACAGUGUAGUGGACGCAGGCAGAGAGCUGCGGGUUGGGAGGAGGACGUAUGUCGAUUUGCAAAGCUGCCUGUAAAAUUAAAGGAAACGCUGCAAGGGACAACAUUCAGAAAUUGCGGUGCUCCAUUCAGGGUCGAUUCCCUCAUCUUUUCCCCACAUUGUGAACUAGAGCAGGUUAUUUUUCCCUAAAGAUGGGCAAUCGGGGAAUGGAGGACUUGAUUCCUCUGGUGAACAGACUGCAGGACGCCUUCUCUGCGAUCGGACAAAAUGCCAACCUGGACCUUCCUCAGAUCGCGGUGGUCGGCGGCCAGAGCGCGGGGAAAAGCUCGGUAUUAGAGAACUUCGUUGGGAAGGACUUUCUGCCUCGUGGCUCUGGUAUUGUCACUCGGCGCCCCCUAGUGCUGCAGCUCAUCCACUGCCCUACUGAGUAUGCAGAGUUUUUGCAUUGCAAGGGGAAGAAGUUUACCGAUUUUGAUGAAGUUCGUCAAGAGAUUGAGGCUGAAACAGAUCGCCUCACAGGCCAAAACAAAGGCAUUUCACCGGUCCCUAUCAACCUGCGUGUCAGUUCGCCACAUGUACUGAAUCUCACCCUCGUGGACUUGCCUGGCAUGACCAAAGUGCCCGUAGGUGACCAGCCAGCUGAUAUAGAGUUCCAGAUCAAGGACAUGCUAAUGCAGUUUGUGACUAAGGAUAAUUGCCUGCUGCUGGCUGUGUCUCCUGCCAAUUCUGACCUGGCCAACUCAGAUGCCCUCAAGAUUGCCAAAGAGGUGGACCCUCAGGGUCUGCGAACUAUUGGUGUGAUCACUAAGCUGGAUCUAAUGGAUGAAGGAACUGAUGCACGUGAUAUCCUAGAAAACAAGCUUCUUCCUUUACGUAGAGGCUACAUUGGGGUUGUGAACCGCAGUCAGAAGGACAUUGAUGGCAAGAAGGACAUCACUGCUGCCAUGGCAGCAGAGAGGAAGUUCUUUCUCACCCACCCAGCCUAUCGACACUUGGCUGAUCGCAUGGGGACUCCCUACCUGCAGAAAGUGCUUAAUCAGCAACUAACUAACCACAUUCGAGACACUUUACCCGGACUGAGGAAUAAACUGCAGAGCCAGCUACUGUCCAUUGAGAAGGAGGUGGAGGAGUACAAGCACUUCCGUCCAGAUGAUCCCACCCGCAAAACCAAGGCACUACUUCAGAUGGUGCAGCAGUUUGCGGUGGACUUCGAGAAGUGCAUCGAAGGUUCAGGAGAUCAGGUCGACACAGUGGAGCUGUCCGGAGGUGCGAGGAUCAAUCGCAUCUUCCAUGAGCGCUUCCCCUUCGAGCUGGUUAAGAUGGAGUUUGAUGAGAAAGAGUUGCGUAAGGAGAUCAGUUAUGCCAUCAAGAACAUUCACGGUAUCAGGACCGGCCUGUUCACUCCAGACAUGGCCUUUGAGACUAUCGUGAAACGGCAGAUCGCCAAGAUCAAAGAGCCUUGUCAGAAAUGUGUGGACCUUGUAAUCACUGAGCUGGUCAAUACGGUUAGGCUGUGCACCAAGAAGCUGGCUCAGUAUCCCUUGCUUAGAGAGGAAAUGGAGAGGAUUGUCACCCAGCAUAUCCGUGAUCGAGAGAGUCGCACUAAGAAUCAGGUCAUGUUGCUAAUUGACAUUGAGUUGGCCUACAUGAACACUAAUCAUGAGGAUUUCAUUGGUUUUGCGAAUGCCCAGCAGAGAAGCAGUCAGAUGAAUAAGAAGAAGGCUGCUGGUAAUCAGGAUGAGAUAAUGGUGAUCAGGAAGGGCUGGCUGACCAUCAAUAACAUUGGAAUUAUGAAAGGAGGAGCAAAGGAAUAUUGGUUUGUCCUGACGGCUGAGAAUCUGUCCUGGUACAAAGAUGACGAGGAGAAAGAGAAGAAGUACAUGCUGCCCUUGGACAACCUGAAGCUCAGAGACAUUGAAAAGAGCUUUAUGUCCAGCAAGCACGUGUUUGCCCUCUUUAACACUGAACAAAGAAACGUGUAUAAAGACUACAGGCAGCUGGAGUUGGCUAGCGACACUCAGGAGGAGGUGGACAGCUGGAAAGCAUCUUUCCUACGUGCAGGUGUCUACCCAGAGCGCAUCAUUCAGAGUGAUGCCAGUGAGGAGAACAGCUCGGAAGGCUUUAUGCACUCCAUGGAUCCUCAGCUAGAGAGGCAGGUGGAGACCAUCAGGAACCUGGUGGAUUCCUACAUGGCCAUCGUCAACAAGACUGUGCGAGACCUCAUGCCCAAGACCAUCAUGCAUCUCAUGAUCAACAACACUAAGGAGUUCAUCCAUGCUGAGUUGCUGGCUAAUUUGUACUCAUGUGGAGACCAGAACACUCUGAUGGAGGAAUCACCAGAACAGGCUCAACACAGGGAGGAGAUGCUGCGCAUGUACCACGCUCUGAGAGAAGCUCUCAACAUCAUCGGUGACAUUAGCACCACCACUGUGUCCACUGCCAUGCCCCCACCAGUGGAUGACUCCUGGCUGCAGGUACAAGGAGGACCUUCAGGGCGCAGGUCUCCAAUGUCUAGUCCCACUCCCCAGCGUCGGGCCCCACCUGGGGCCCCUCGUCCUGGUGGUCGCACUGCCCCAGGCCACCCUACUGCUGGAGCGCCUCCUGUACCAUCCAGACCUGGUGCGUCUCCUGACCCCUUCGGUGGGCCUCCACCCCAGGUCCCUUCUCGUCCCAACCGUGCCCCACCAGGUGUACCUAGAAUUUCUAUCAGUGACCAAUGAGGAGUUACGCAAAUGUCGAAGAGCACCAGCCUCCCUGACCAGAUCCAACAGAACCACAGACUCGCUCACUGAGCAUUAACACUGGCAAUGAACUGACAGAUGAUAACCACUGACUGCUACAUUCUCACAUUUUUUUUAACAUUUAGACAAGUUUCAUCUUACUCCCCUGCAUUUCUAUACUGCCAUCUAUACAAUACUGUCUACAUCUUUACUGGAUUUCAUCUUUUAUUUACACUAUUGAAUUUAAUUCAUUUAAAUUCAUGGACCCUUUUCACAGAAUGAUGACGCAUUUCCACCUUAAUUUAACAGUGUAAAUCUAGCAAUCAUUUUAACGGUUUUCAUUUUUAUUUUUAUUUUGUGUAAACUUAUAAAAUAGUUAUUUGUGUUAUAUAGAAUUAAUAAUAAUGAUAAUAAAAGUCUCCACUUAUGUGAUUGGGGUUUCAAAUACAGCUGUUGGGUGAGUGACAUAAUUUUUUUUUUAAAUGUCUCUCUUCUGACUGCCAUAAUAAAUCUCUCUCAAUUAUUUCCUCCUAUUUUUAAAAGUCAUGGAAUCGUAAUAGUGGAUUUUUUUUCUUUUACUGUUGGAGCAAAUGGAAGUGUUAAAAUAAUAUUCGCUAUGGUCUCCCAUGUAUUCUUAUAGUUUACUUUCCACAUGUGAAAAGGGUCCUUCGGAGAGCAGCUCUUGUUCUGAUUUUACAUACUUUAUUUCUUGAUUUAACUUGUUAAUAAUCAACAAGGCAGAAUUACAAAAUCUAAUAUGAUGUAUUUUAAUUCUCUGAUUUUUCUUGGGUAGUUCAUAUAUUCGUAUAUUUGUCUUUAAUCUUUUCCAAUUCUUUACAUGAAUGUUUCCCACCACAAAUUACCAAAUGCUAAUAUUACUUAAAAAAAAAAAAAAAAAGAAAGGGGGGGGGGCCCUUUAUACAGGACAUUAACAUUUUUGUUAACAAUUUGUUCUUACUAUCCCACUCAUUUUUGUUUUAUUUGCAAUUCUUUUCUCUUUCUUUUAGCCGUCCAAGCAAAGGAAGCCCUUCUCACAGUGAGAGUUCACAUCCUUCGUUUGACACAUAGAACCAUUCCUCCAGUUUGUAUUGAAAGAUACAAAUGAAGAAUUCUGGAGGGCUGUUGGGUUAAUCACUCCCUCCAUCUGUACUACUGUAUACACUAAUCAGUUUGUUAUCGGCCUCUGAGUGACAUGCCCAUUGUGGAAUUAUGUGUCAAUAUCUGAAGUCACGGCAAUGUUAGUUAGACUGAAGAUACUGUGUAAUGUUUGUGUUUACACACUAGACAGUGUCAGCAUAUUCUUUAUAGAGGUCACUCGAAUUAAAUGUGUGUCUACCGUACUUAAACUUACAGUAUAUUUCUGUCUACUCAGCACUAUGGGAUAGUGGACAAACACAAAGUAAACUCCACCGAUUUGUGAGACUUGUUAUGUGCUACUGUAUGUGAAUGUAUUCUAACUCUGAAAGUUAGAAAAAUACUUUGAUCCCACAAUGUUUGUUCCAUCCACAGUGUCUUUUCACUAUAGCCUUUGUAUUUCCCAAUAAUACUAAUAAUAUCUGACUGAACUGUAUAUACAUUAGGAAAUACAGCAUAUUAUGAAGUGUUUGGUAAGGAGAAAAGUGUCAAUUUUGUUUACUGGGAAUACCUAAUGUAGUGCAAUUAAUUUAUUUAUUGAUGCAACAGUGGAAAAUGUCUGAAUAGGGGGUUUUAAAGACCAAAGGGAUUAGUUAGUAUAAAAUAAAAGGUAAAAUGUAAUUGAAAAAUACAUUCAAGCAUCCGUUUACCCCAACACAUGUUUAAGAGUAAAUAUAGCCUCUGUUGUGACAGAUAUGGUAUAUGAAUAUGGUAAAAAAUUAUCUUAAUGUGUUGAUGUAUAUUUUAGAGUUGGGGUACUCGAGUUCGGACUCGAGUCCGAGUCACGAGUACAAUUUUAAUGGACUUGGACUUGUCACGGACUUAGAUGCAUUUUUACUUGGACUUGACUCAGACUCGAGCCUUUCGGACUUGGGAUUUUUUUUCUGAGUCUGGCCGAGUCCAUGGCAUUUGUGACGCAAUGAAAAACAAACAAACAAACAAAAAGUAAAUAAAUAAUGUAACAUAGGAUGACCAUACGUCAAUACCAAAUUGUACAACUCAGUCCAUCACAAAUUUGAAGCGCAACCUCUGUGUGAUACCUGUAAAACUGGCAUUUGCAUUUCAAUGCCAAAAAAGACAGAAAAUACAAUGAACACAAGUGAGGGGAGAAAUCUCUAUUCACCUAAAUAUACCAUUUAUAUUAUAUAUUUAUAUAAUAUAAAUAUGACCAUUUAUUAAAUGUAUUAAACACAUUAAAUGUAUUUAAUUAAUUACAUUAAAUGUAUUUCACCCAUAAUAUUUGAUAAAACUAAACAAAAUUAAAUGGACAAAUUGAAAAUGAAGUAGAAAUAAUAACAAUUGUAAUGACUAAUGCAGCUUUUACUUUGGUGUAUGUUUGAGUGGAGGGGAAAAACAACAAAUAAUUGAAAUGUCAACAGAACACAAUAAGAAGUGUGUUGAAGGACAGUUUUGUCUUCAUAUACAUAAAGCAUAUGCUUUCAUUCUGAAACCACUUUGAAAUUUGUUCUGCAGGAUACUAAUCAUUUGUUUUUUGCAUUUAUAUUGACAAAUUGUUUUUCUUAGUUGUGAAGGUUAAAAUAAGCUUAAAAUAUUGAUGUUGAGUUUACAGUUACAAUUUUAAUUCAGAUUCUUGAACAGGUUAAUUCGGACUCGGCCUGUUAUGGACUCGGUCUUGAGUCCGACUCGGACCCUUUUGGACUCGGACUCGACUAAGGUGGACUCGAACCCAACACUAGUAUAUUUGUUCUGCAUCUUUGGGAUUUGCUCUUCUGUUGCUUUGUGUCGACAUGUACAUUUACUAAGUCGUUGUAUUGAAAAUGAACUGAUUGUAAAAUAUUAGUGUAUGGUUUGUAUGUGUGUGUAUAUACAUAUAUAGAGGGGUCUACAGGCAUCACCAAAAUCUCGACUCUAAAUGGAAAGAGUGUAUGUGUGAAUCUUAAUGCUGAUAUCUGUAUCUUAUUGUGGUGUGGUGUCAAAAACUGGCCAAAGCUUCUUGGUGAAAUAAAAGUGUCUUUG